GGGGCGGGCCGGCGGAGGGAUCGCGGCGCCUGCAGCCGGUAUAACCUUGAAGCUGAGGCCACGGAUCCCGCAGUCGGGCGGCGCGCAGCGAUAUUUCGGGCGUCUCUGCAGCAGCAGUAGCGCAUCCUAGCCAGACCACGUCGGAGUUCCCCUGGACCCAAGACCUCAGAAGCCAUGUCGAAGCACCACAGUGAUGCCGGGACCGCCUUCAUCCAGACCCAGCAGCUGCACGCGGCCAUGGCUGACACGUUCCUCGAGCACAUGUGCCGCCUGGACAUUGACUCGCCGCCCAUCACGGCCCGGAACACUGGCAUCAUCUGUACCAUCGGCCCAGCUUCCCGAUCGGUGGAGACGUUGAAGGAGAUGAUUAAGUCUGGAAUGAACGUGGCUCGUCUGAACUUCUCUCAUGGGACUCACGAGUACCACCAGGAGACCAUCAAGAACGUGCGUGCGGCCACUGAGAGCUUUGCCUCUGACCCCAUUCUCUACCGGCCAGUGGCUGUGGCCCUGGACACUAAAGGACCUGAGAUCCGAACUGGGCUCAUCAAGGGCAGCGGCACCGCCGAGGUGGAGCUGAAGAAGGGAGCCACGCUCAAGAUCACCCUGGAUAACGCCUACAUGGAGAAGUGCGAUGAGAACGUGCUGUGGCUGGACUACAAGAACAUUUGCAAGGUGGUGGAAGUGGGCAGCAAGGUCUACGUGGACGACGGGCUCAUCUCUCUGCUGGUGAAGCAGAAAGGUGCUGACUUCCUGGUGACGGAGGUAGAGAAUGGCGGCUUCUUGGGCAGCAAGAAGGGUGUGAACCUCCCUGGGGCUGCAGUGGACCUGCCUGCUGUGUCAGAGAAGGACAUCCAGGAUCUGAAGUUUGGGGUGGAGCAGGACGUGGACAUGGUGUUCGCGUCUUUCAUCCGCAAGGCAUCUGAUGUCCACGAUGUCAGGAAGGUCCUGGGAGAGAAAGGGAAGAACAUCAAGAUAAUCAGCAAGAUCGAGAAUCACGAAGGAGUUCGGAGGUUUGACGAGAUCCUGGAAGCCAGUGAUGGGAUCAUGGUGGCUCGAGGUGAUCUGGGCAUUGAGAUUCCUGCAGAGAAGGUCUUCCUUGCUCAGAAGAUGAUGAUUGGGCGAUGCAACCGAGCCGGGAAGCCUGUCAUCUGUGCCACGCAGAUGCUGGAGAGCAUGAUUAAGAAGCCUCGCCCCACCCGGGCUGAGGGCAGUGACGUGGCCAAUGCCGUCUUGGACGGAGCCGACUGCAUCAUGCUGUCUGGAGAGACGGCCAAAGGGGACUACCCACUGGAGGCUGUUCGCAUGCAGCACCUGAUAGCUCGUGAGGCUGAGGCAGCCAUGUUCCACCGCAAGCUGUUUGAAGAACUUGUGCGAGCCUCAAGUCACUCCACAGACCUCAUGGAAGCCAUGGCCAUGGGCAGCGUGGAGGCUUCUUAUAAGUGUUUAGCGGCAGCUUUGAUAGUUCUGACGGAGUCUGGCAGGUCUGCUCACCAGGUGUCCAGAUAUCGCCCCCGCGCCCCCAUCAUUGCUGUGACCCGGAACCCCCAGACAGCUCGCCAGGCCCACCUGUACCGCGGCAUCUUCCCUGUGGUGUGUAAGGACCCAGUGCAGGAGGCCUGGGCCGAGGACGUGGACCUCCGGGUGAACUUGGCCAUGAAUGUUGGCAAGGCCCGAGGCUUCUUCAAGAAGGGAGAUGUGGUCAUUGUGCUGACCGGGUGGCGCCCUGGUUCUGGCUUCACCAACACCAUGCGUGUCGUUCCUGUGCCGUGAUGGGCCCGGAGCCCCUCCUCCAGUCCCUGUCCCGCCCGCCUUCCCCAACCCAUCCAUUAGGCCAGCAACGCUUGUAGUGCUCACUUGGGGCUGUAACGUGGCACUGGUGGGCUGGGAUGCCAGGGAAGACAAUGCUCUGUGAAACAUGGCUGUUUGGAAGACCCUGUUUCAGUGCGGUAGUUCAGAGCUGGGCCACCCAUCAUCACGUGGCCCUGUCCAAGCAAGGGACAAAGGAGGGCUGCAGGCAGGACUGGAGGCCCCAGAGCUUCACACAGAGGGCAGCAGUUCUGCUUCUCUUCCUUUGUGUACUCGAUUCGGUUCUUGUAGAAAACGGGUACCCAGAGAACUCCCAGCCCUGGCCUGGGAUCAGGAGAGAGUCAGCAGAGAGUUAGGGCAGGGGGCAGUGGUUCCAGUUUCUGCAGACUCUGGCUCCAGUCCUGGCCCUUACUUGCUUCUCCAACCCACUCAGCCUCCCUCACUCCCACCGUGUUCAUUGUGCACGUCUGUUCCUUCACUCCAUGGGCUGUGGCUGCAGACACUCCAUCCCCCUCUUCCUUCUCCCCCACUUCUGCAGCCGCCUCCAGGCCUGUUGCUAUAGAGCCUACCUGUAUGUCAAUAAACAGCAGCUGAAGCACC